ACGGAAGCAACUCUGGCAACCGUGAGAUGUACAUCGACAAGUUUGAAAUUCGAGGAACGACAGUCGAGCCCCCGGAUAUUACGAGAUAGCAGAGACUUGAUAUCCAGAAAUUCCAAUCAACUCGAAAAGAAUAGCCGUCAAUCAUCGUCAAGUAGCCGACGAAAUAAUGGGACCAACGAGGAAGCAGCAUCUCCCACUGUCACACCUCCUAAACCCAGUAGGACCGACCGGCUAGACGUGCCCACCAAUGGCGUCACAGUUCCGCUGAUUGACGAACCAACAGCGCCGCGAAAACCGCCCGAAGUCAAACGCAGUGACUCCUUCAUAAAGAAAAUCAUAAAAUCCUCGAAAGAGAAUCUAACCCUCAACUGCGAGAAGCUAAUCAAAAAUAUCCAGAGAAGAAGUCCUCGCCUGGUCAGGAGGAAGCAGGCUUCAAGUGACAGCAGCGAAAGUCAGAAGAGCGCAUUUGGCGAGGAGAUCCCAGUGCCCCCAGAGCGACGCAAGCGCCCUCGCAGGCGUCCCCUGGCCCUCGCCAAUCUUUUCAAAUCAGCGGAAUACUUGUCACCCCCUGAAGAGUGCCUCCUCCCCACGCACGAAUCCAAUGAAGCCCACAUAAAGGCACCAGUUCCCCAAGGACAGCCUCCACAUCCAGGCGAGAGCUCCCCAGUGCAGAGACUCUACUCGAGUUCUCCCCAUUCCAAACGAUCAAGUUCACGUAGCAUAUCCGUCGAGGACGUAGACGAGCUGAUCCGAUCGGAGAACAACUUUCAGCUGUUGGAAGAGCGAACCCAUGUUUACAGAAAGCUACGCCGAGAGCUCGAGCAAACAAGACGACUGUCUGACGACGAAAGCUCUGGCAAUUCAUCAAAUGAACUUCCAAUAAGACGAUCGCAGAGUGUGAGAAUAAUAAAGCGCAGUGUUAAGACUAAAAUUACAAGGAAUUUGUCGAAUCUGUCGGCUUUGAAGAGAACCAAGCUCAAACGUUCACCAACACCAGAAGACGUGCGCUACCUCGGGUCAUUAACUAUCGCUGAUAGCAGUGAGAGGUCACACGAUAAUCUUGUCUUGCUAAACGAAGUAUCGAUACCCCAGGGCUGCCAUUCUGUCAUCGGCAAUAUAACGUUAAACUCAAUAAAUUCAGACUCGAUUGAGCGCCGCAUCGUGAAUUCCGCGUACAGUGAAAAAUGCAGAAUUGCAAAUUCAUUGAAUACUUGUGCUUCUAAUAAACCGAAGGAGGGAGAAGCGUUGAAAAAGCAGGGUGAUACUGUUGCGUGGCGCACUUUGGUAGCGACAGAGGCGGCUGGUUGCGAUGCGACAGCAGUGACGAGACAUCAGUUAAGUGACUACAAUCGGGAGGAGGAGGGACACGGCGGGACUGAAAAAGUGGGGAAUUGGUGGGAUUUUAAGAGCAUUAAUUCGCCUGUUGGUGAGCGUCAGGUGAUUCAUUUGAACGCAAGCGAUCGUGAUAAUUAUUUGCCUGAUGAUUUUGGAGAGUAUUCGAGGAUAUCGUGUGCAGUGGUGUGUGAUAAUUGCGACAAGUUGACAGAUUUUGAUGGAAAAAGUGAAAGUGACAGGACUGGGGGGACAAUUUAUGUAGACGAUCGGGUAUUGAUCAAGGGGAAGGGCUCGAGAAGCAAGAAAGCUCGAUUGGGCUUGAAGCAACAGGUGAGAAGUGAACUUGCAAAGGCUGGAAAAAAGAGAGAAGCCAGUGAGCAAGUUAAUAUGGGACUCUUCAUCAAGAUGAUGAGGAUCAGAGAAAAGUUGAUAUUUGGGUUCAGUGCAUUUGCAAUACUGUUUACCCUUCUGCUUGUCAUGGAUUUGCAGAUGGACUUGGGGUACAGUGGCCAUCAUUUGGUGCCCAGUCAUGGUAGAGUUAGAAUGGGAGAUGAACCUGAUCGUGAUACAGUUUACAACAAUUUCCGUCGCAAGUUUCUGCAGAGAACGAAUGGCAGCAGAGAGUUAACAGCAAGUGAUAAUUCAGUUGGUACACAGAAUACGAGAGACAGUGGGGCUCUAAGGGAGAGUGGAAGGACUGAAGUUGAUGGUGCUAGUUCGAAAAAUGAACAGGAUCAUGAUGAUUUUGCGGAUCUUGUUGAUAUGGUACUUAAUGGUGAUGGUAUUGAUACGGAAACUGGUGUUGUGAGAGUUAGUGGUGAGGAUUACACGAAUAAUCCGACACUUGCGGAGGUACAGGGUGUCAAAGUGAGGAAAAAUUCAAGCACACUGCAGAAAUUCCAUUUGCAGAUAUCGAGGCUGGAGAUGUAUCCCGAUAGUUCAGAGGUCGUUGGCAAGCUGCUGGAGGAGAUGGCGACGAAACCUAUUGUACAUAUUGCCCAAAAGGAUGGCGGCACCCAGUUGAAGCUUGUGAUAGACUAUCCGACCGAUCUGCAGGCCCUCUUCAAGCCGAUGAGAUUUCCACGUGAACAACAAACGCUUCCAAAUCACUUUUACUUCACGGACUUCGAGCGCCACACAGCUGAGAUAGCGACCUUCCACCUCGACAAGCUGUUGGGGUUCAGGAGAGCAAUGCCAGUGACUGGUCGGACGCUAAACAUGACCACGGAGAUAUAUCAAUUGGCGGACGGUGAAUUGUUGAAGACGUUCUUCGUCAGUCCAGCUGGCAACAUGUGCUUUCACGGGAGAUGCAGUUAUUACUGCGACACGAGUCACGCUAUCUGUGGCAAUCCCGACACUUUGGAGGGUAGUUUCGCUGCGUUUCUACCGGGAAAGGAGCUGUCGGCCAGGAAAGUAUGGCGACAUCCUUGGAGGAGGAGCUAUCAUAAACGAAGGAAGGCCGCCUGGGAGACAGAUUCCAACUACUGCUCCCUGAUCAGGGACAUCCCACCGUACGACGAGGGUCGUCGACUCCUCGACCUUAUGGACAUGUCGGUCCUAGACUUUCUCAGCGGCAACAUGGACAGACACCACUACGAGACAUUCAAGACAUUCGGAAAUGACUCGUUUAUCAUUCACUUGGAUCACGGACGGGGCUUCGGCAAACCCUUCCACGACGAGACCUCCAUCCUCGCACCGUUGCUACAGUGCUGCGUGAUAAGACAGUCGACCCUCGGGACCCUUCUCAAAUACCACAACGGUCCUCAACGGCUCAGCGCCGCUAUGCGUCAGAGCAUGGCGAAGGAUCCCGUGGCGCCUGUCCUGUGGGAGCCACAUCUCACUGCACUUGACAGACGUGUUGGUCUCAUUCUUCAGGCAAUACGAGAUUGCCUAAAUCGCAGUGUCCAGCCUGAUCACGCGGUCGAGGAGAGCGAGCAAAAUCAGGAGCAACAACUCGAUCAGCGGAGUAUACCCAAACUAUGAUAGUCCACGGUUUAAUCUAAAUAUUUUUAAGUGGGAGGAUAUUUUUCAUAUUGGGCACAAACGCUCCAACUAAAUGUGAUAUAGUUAUUUUUUAUGUUGUUGAGGGAACCCGGGGGUCAAGUAGGGAAAUUCUUUUUAAAAUUGGUACGCAGAUGUUAUUGUCGUUUUUUUAUGACAAUUUUGUGGGUCUAUUCGCUGGCUCUGUGUGCAAAUGGUGUUUUUUUACAGUUGUGAAGGGGUAAAUUGUGCAUUAUUUUGAAAAUAUCUUCGGGAGGAAAACCUUGAGGGGAAGUUUGUGUAGAGCAUUUCCUAAACUCAACAUUUUUUCGUGAAUUAAUUAGUUUUGAAAGUAUUUAAAGACGUAUAGACACUUGCAAGAUCUAAUUCAAUGAUUUUUGAUAAAUCAAUUCAGCAGCGAAGCGGUAAUAUCUCGGAAUCUGCGGGAGACAGCAAAAAUUUUGUUAAGACCCUUUUCAUAGCCCGCAAUUUGCCCCACAAAAAAGGUCAUUACAAAAAUUUCGGCAUCUCCCUCAGAUUCCGAGAUAUUCACGGACAAAAUUGAAGCUAUUUCGCCAAUAAUUUGCAAACUUGAAAAGAAAAAAAUUGAAAUUUCCCUGUUUUCGAAAAAAAUUAAUUCUCUUUCUAAUCCACUGAAUACCUUUGGAAGCAGAAGCUUCCGAAAAAUGUAUCGAAAGAAAUUUCUCGUGGAAAUUUCACGAGCCGCAAAAAAUAUAUUUCGAUAAAUCCGUCAGCUUCCAAGAUAAUUUGAAAAUAAUGCACAGUAAAUUUCAGAACUCCUCUAUUUUUACCUCUUCACCACAAAUUCUUCAUCACUGGUUAGAAUUUACGCGCGGCUCUCGAACGUCCCUGCAUAUUUAUGUAAAUUGUGUAUAAAUGGAUGUAUAAAAGAGUGGAAUAUGUCCUGACUCUGAGUGUAAGUACAUGUCCAGAAUAUUUUCUGUUUAUUUUCCCAUUCGUGUCACUUUGACUUUGCACUCCCUCUAUCCGAUUAUUUGUUACUGUUGUUCAUUUCUCCUAUUUUAAUGUACGCAGACCUUCAAAAGUCUCUGUUUUUAUGCUAUGAUUUCAUUUCAACGAUGGCACUCGCAUUGAAUGCUAUUCUACAUCGAAUAAGGCUGCAGUAAAAUGUGCACGAGGAGAAAUAACUGCGAUCAAUUGUAUCGAUGGCAUUUUACGUAUCUGUGGAGCGAGGAGUGAUGGAUAAUUCUAGAUAGAUCAUUGAGGAGUCGAGAAAACUCUCUCAAAGGACAAUGAAUUAUUGGAGUGAAAUGCGAGAAUUGGAAUUGAAGGAUUUCGCUUCCCCAAUAAAAAGCACUUUUACAUUUUUUUUUAAACUUCUCCAAAGGUUUAUUGAUGUGUAUAAAAUCACUGAGAACUGAUCAAUUUCUCUGAUUUCAAUUCAAUUAAAUUGUACAUACAAAGGAUUUUAAAAUGUACAGAUAUAUAAAUCCAUACGAUUCAGUAUUGAAGUGGUCAUAACAGAACUGAACAAGUUGACUCUCCACAUUGUUUUCUCGACAAUGGGGAGAUGAUUACACGUGUGACGGACUUGGUUUUGUGGAAAUGUGAAAUUAAUUAAGUGGACUGUUGCCAUCUCGCUGAUUGUUGAAUUAUUACCGCGAUAAGGAGUGAAUUCAGGGAAAAAUGUUGAAUGUAAUGAAGUGCACUCCAAAACCACUCAUUACUGCGAUGUAAACGAAAUUAUAAUGACAGUGUUAUAAAUAAAAAAGAGUUUUACCACUUCAAUGCAGAAAUAGUCAACUCGACCGCAUAAUGACACGAGGCUUAACCAGCAGAAUGAAUAAUGUACCCAUUUCGUUAUUAAGCGACCAACUAAUGAAACUACAAACUCUGCAACCAGCCAACAAUAAUCGUAAUGAAUAACGAUGCAAAAAACAACAUAUCUCCACUGAAAUUUCCCUGAAACUGUCCUCUGAAUUGACGCAUAAUUCAUCCUCGAAGGUACAUUGGGUGUAUGUAGAGAAUGUUAUUUUUCGACUGCCUGUAAAUAGGUAUCUGUUUUGUGUGAAUUCUUAUACAUAAAUAAUAAAAGAGAAUUUUCAUGAAUA